AUGGGCUUGAAAUCUCUAGCUAACAAAGCAAAGGGUAAACGUCCGAUUGUUGAAGAGGAGGAUUCUGAUUUUGCUCCUCCUUUAACCAAGCGUGGGAGGCCACAUGCUAAGAAGAAAUCGAAGCUCAGUGUGGAGGAGCAAAUGGUUGAAGAAAUUUCUAGUAAAAAAGCUAGUGUUGCUGCCGAAGUUCGAACAGAGGUCUGGGACUACAAAUUUAGUCCAUCUGAUUACUACAGAUCUAAAUGUGUUUGCACUAGUCUUUUUUCUGUCAUUGAUAAUAUUAAGAAAAUUUUAUCUGUUAAUUUACUGUCCAUGUUUCGUGAGACUCAGUUUGGUCAUUUUCUAGAUAUGCCUGAGUUUGUUUUUCAUCCCCAAGUUGUUCAUAGUUUAUUACUGAGGGAAGUUUUCCAGCCCAAUCCUAAAGAGUUUUGGGCUAAGGUUGCUGGUCGUUUCAUACGGUUUAGUGUUGAGGAAUUUUAUUUGAUUACUGGAAUUGAUUGUUUCAGUGAUUGCAACAAGUUGUUGUUUUUACAGGAAUCAAAUCAGUUGGUAGAAAUCUGUUUUCGUGGUGUAAAAACCAUUGACCACAAAGCUAUUGAGGAUGCUUUUUUGGGUAGUAGGUGGGGUUUGGGUGAGUCCCUUGGAUUGAAAAUGGUUGUGUUGUAUUUUAUUCAGUGUUUUCUUCUUAGUAAUACUCAUGAUAAAGAAGUAUCUAGGUUUGAUCUAGAUGUUGUGGAUAGCGGUCGAUGGGACAAGUAUUGUUGGGGUAGGGAAUCCUUUGAAUUGACUAUUGAUUCAUUCAAACGUAGAAUUCAGCUCUUGGGUUUUAUGCCCUAA